UGCGUCGCUCGCGGAGUGGGUCGCCGCUGGCCCCCCUCUCUUCACGGAAACGAGCCGACAGCGGACGCCGUUGACGCGCGACCCGAACGAGAAAGGAACGUGCGCCGCUGCUGGACACGCUGCGCCGUGGGCGUCGACAGCGCUCGCUCCCGAAGGCUGGCCACUUCCACGCCCACCGCCUCGCCGCCGCAAGACCUUCGUGGCCCGAAAACGUGCGCAACACAAUGGGCCCACCACUCACUGCACCCAGCGUUCUCGAACAGUGAUGACCGUGCUAAGAGGCUUUCUCGGAUGCGUGCCUUCGCGAAACGGACGCGGAAAGUCGGCGUUUGUUGCGGCUGAGUUCUGUCGGCGAUCCUAUUCAAUUGGUGGCCUGAAACCCAGAACUACCUCAAGACCACUGUGCUAGUCAAAUGAUACGCGGUGUUCUGACUGAACGCGAAAACGCGCCCUUGCUUCGGAUGGUUUAUGUGCUUUCUCUUCUCUCGAUUCAUUCAGUGGUCAAGCUGCGUGAGUUGUUUCAGCGAAAGGAAUAAACCCUCUGCGCCAGAGAUAGUUUCUGCCUCGGCCGUGCUAAAUUUCUUCUGUUUUAUCGCCAAAGUGCAUCCCGUUCUACGUAGAUUGACACUGUUGCACGAAACGAAGAUACUCCGCUCCUGGACUCCAAAAUGAUUCCGCACGUCGCAAUCUGUCCGGCCACGACGCUGUUGGUCUUCGCGAUCGCCCUGGCAGCCGCGACAGUGCCCGUGUUCCCGGUUCCGAAUGAAGAGAGGGAAGCCGACCCUGAAUUCUGGUUCGACCAGGGCCUGUCUGGGAUCGAGCAGCGCCUGAACCUUCUUCAGAACACGCGCCGCGCCCGUCAGGCGGUGCUCUUUCUGGGCGACGGCAUGGGGGUCUCCACGUUGACCGCGGCUCGCAUCUACAAGGGCCAGCGGCUGCGGCGCAGAAGUGGCGAGGAGAGCGUGCUCGCCUGGGACUCGUUCCCGCACGUGUCCCUCUCCAAGACGUAUGGCCUAGACGUGCAGACCUCGGACUCGGCAAAUACGGCCACCGCCUACCUCUCGGGCGUCAAGGCCAACUACGAGACGCUGGGCGUGGACUCUAGGGUUAAGAGGUUGGAGUGCCACAGUGAUCCGACCACACACCUGCCGAGCAUCAUGAACUGGGCGCAGGAGGCUGGCAUGUGGACGGGCAUCGUGACCACGACCAGGGUAACGGACGCCACGCCCGCAGCUGCAUACGCCCACUCGGGCUACCGAAAGUGGCAGUCGUCGGUGCCCGAAGGCUGCAACGCCAAGGAUAUCGCGCGCCAACUAAUACAGUCCACACCGGGCUCGCGAUUUAAGGUGAUCAUGGGCGGUGGCCGGGGCGCGUUUCUGGACAAGGAGCUCAGAGACGACGAGGAACGACCAGGCGAGCGCUCGGACGGCCGCAACCUCAUCAAAGACUGGCUGGACGAGAAGAAAUCGCACUCAGCGCACGUCAAAUACAUCUGGAACCGCAAGCAGCUUCACGCUGUCAACCCCAACAACACUGAAUACUUGCUCGGCCUCUUCGACAGCGACCACCUUCCGUACUCGUUCGAGCGGCGAAGCCUGAAGACGACCAAGCCGAGCUUACCGGAGAUGACGAGAGUGGCACUGGAGAUACUGCAGAAGUCUCCGAAGGGAUUCAUUCUGCUUGUCGAAGGUGGCCGCAUCGACCACGCGCACCACACCACCCGUGCAGGCCUGGCUCUCGAAGAAAUGUUGGAGCUGGACCGAGCUGUGGACGACACUCUGGAGAAGUUCGGCGCCUCCGGUGACACGCUGGUCGUCGUGACGGCGGACCACUCGCACACCUUCUCCUUUGGAGGAUUAAACACUCCGCGUGGAAAGAACAUACUCGGAGUCGCUGGUUUAUCUGACGUCGACCAGCAGCCGUUCACCAUGAUUGCCUACGGUAAUGGCCCGAGCGUCGCCGUGGACAGGAGCAACAUGACAGAACGCGAAACCUCGUCGAUGAACUACACGCAGCAGGCGGCAUUCCCCAAGCGGCUCGAGACACACGGCGGCGAGGACGUGGCUGUGUUCGCCAUCGGGCCCUGGGCGCACUUGUUCAGCGGGGUGCACGACCAGACAUACAUCCCUCACGCCAUAGCGUACGCGGCCUGCAUCGGCCAGUUCCACGGUAGCAAGUGCCACACUGCGUCGCCAGAGCUCAGAUGAUGAACACUGCCAUCGGAGCGCGUGUGAAUGUGCACGACUUAUGACCCACAUGCGGGCAUCUAGCUGACGCCACCGAGGUGCACCGGUGUUACCGUGUUCCAUUUGGGUGUCGUAGGACUGUGCAACACGUCAGUGCAUCGGCCGUUUGUUCUGCACGAUGCCUAAAUAAAAGCUUACCAUAUGUUCU